ACUGAACUCGAUCACGGCAUACAAGACUGUGGAAAACUCGUCUGUCUCCUCUCACGACCCGUCCACUAUUAGACCCAUAAUUCCCCGCGCGAGACCAAGAUGGAAGAAAGCAGCGGUCGCAAGAGAACAAUGUUUUGGCAUUAAAACCUCCAAGGAGCGAAAAGGGGAACACGAUAUAAACGUUUAACGCCAACCGCGGUCAUGUGCAUGAUAUUCCCUUACAGCCCUAUUUAGAUCAUCUGACAGCCCUUAAAAAAACAUCAUCAUGAGUAUCAUCCAAGACAAACUAGGUAACGAGUUUAUGCGUAGUGGAGGCAUGGACCCCAACUUUUCCCCAGGCAUGCUCAUGUUUAGCCACCUGCCGCCUGUCACCAGCUUCACCCGCCUGGCUUCCCAAACAGUCAUGAGUGACCUACCCCAGGAGAUGAUCCUUAAGAAAGAACGUGACUCGCCUCCUGACCAUGGGGCAUCGGGGGUCUACCUUCACAGCAUGGGCAUAAAGCAGGAAAGGAUGAGCGAUUUAGACUACCGCCUGCCGCUUUACGCUGGAGGAGGAGGAAGCACAGGGAAGGGCAGUGAUAUGCUGGAGAUGUCGUUUGGCAGCAGCCACCAGAACAUGCUUCACCAUGACCUUAGUAUCAGUAAUGUGAGGACCAUGGGAGAGCCGAUGUCUGGAAGAGUAGAGAAGGAGCCAAAAGAGACCUCAGGAAGAAGGCGCAAGAGCAGUGAUGGACAAGGAGGAAAAGGAAGAAGGAAACGUGGAGAUGCUGCCAAGGCCAUGCUGCUGGAUGCAGAUGGAUCCAGUCUGUCUCCCAACUCCAAACCACACAUAUGUGAGCACUGCAACGCUGCUUUCCGCAGCUCCUACCACCUGCGCCGACAUGUUCUCAUUCACACAGAUCGCACAGGUGAAAGGCCUUUCAGGUGCAGUCAGUGUAAUAUGAGCUUUAUUCAGAAGUACCUCCUGCAGCGACACGAGAAGAUUCACAGUGGAGAGAAACCGUUCAGCUGUGACCAGUGCAACAUGUGCUUCAUUCAGAAGUACCACAUGGAAAGACACAAGAGGACCCACAGCGGGGAGAAGCCAUAUCGAUGUGACACUUGCCAACAGUUUUUUUCAAGAACAGACCGGUUACUGAAGCACAAGCGGACUUGUGAAGAAGCCAUAAAGAAAGGUUUGGGUCCAAUCAGGAUGGAGCUGGGCGAAGGGGAAUUGGGUCAGGGGAGCUACUCACUCACUCAGGGAAAUGCACCCGCUACUUCAGGACGAAAGAGGAGCAAGUCCAAAAACACAGAAGGAGGAGGUGAACGCAAGAGGAAGAAGGCAGCUGCCUCAGCUGCAGCUGCCUCUUCCUCUGCAGAGAUGAACUGCAGCCUGGGGCUGUCAGACUAUGGCAUGGACCACCCCUCAGGUUCCGGCCCUGGGCCCAACAUGCAUGGUCGCAGCCCCAAAUUAGUCUUCAAGAAGGUGGGCCGCAAGGGCAUAGACAAGACCCUCUUGUCCAUGGAGGAUGAAGCAGGGCCCUCCGCCUCACAUCAUGGGCAGAAGCUGCUGUCUCAGAAAGCCGUCUCCAUUGACCAUGUUGGCAGCUCAGUCCUCCUAGAUGGCAUGGGGCUCCUCCAUGCCUCUGGCGGCGCCAAACAAGGCCCCAUCACCAGCAGCAACUACGAUGAUGCCAUGCAAUUUGUAAAGAAGCGUCGCUACCUCCAUGCAGCCAAUAAUGACUACGGAGCCAACUCUCUCCAUAUGCCACCCAGCAGCAGUGUCAUCCAGGGUUCCCUUGAGCCUGAGCCUACUCUAACCAUGCUGGACACUUCGCCUCUGGACAUAAAGCACGACAAGUCAGGCAUCCCUGACGAGGUGCUCCAGAGCCUUCUCGACCACUACACCCAAAAGUCUGAUGGGGCACAUCAUCACGACGUAACGUUUGACCUGUCUGACCACCCGCACCAUGUGGACCUUCAGCCUGCUGCUCCCGUCACCCCUGAGCUGGAAGAUGACUCGCCCAACGAUGGUGACAAGGCAGUGGUGAUGAGUGAGUACUCCAAGUUCCUGCUUCAGGCCCUGGAGCGCACCAGUCACAGCGGGCCCUUCCCCACCCUGGGCCCCAGUGGGCCCUUCCCCACCCUGCUUUCAAGCAGCUCCAGCCCUACGGGGCCCCUGUUCUCAGAUAAGCAUGUCUACACUAUUGAGUGUGGCUACCCACCUACUGUCUCCUCCCCGCUGCCCACAUCCUCUUCAUCAUCCUCCUCCAAGUCACACUAUGGGAUGCUGGUAGGCUCUCCCUCCCAGCCGGGUUACCACCUCAGCAGCUUGGAUCCCACCAGCCAUCAGCAGCUCACCCCGUCUCAGGAGCUGACAGAGCAGCUGGAGAAGCAGCCUUCCCCAGGGUACUCCCUCCCCAGCCAGGAGCUGACAGUUGCUAGAACCCACAAGGAGCAGCAGACCAAGGGCAGUGGAAGCAAUGGAGGCAAUAACGGUUCCAGCUACACGCCAGCUCCCCCAGAUCUGGACACGCCCAAGGAAACUGACCUGCGGGCAACCUACCAGAUUGAGAACUUUGCCCAGGCCUUUGGCUCCCAGUUCAAGUCGGGUCGCCAUACCCCUUUGAGUUAUAGUUCAGACUCUGGGGCGGAGGUUGAUCACCGAAUACGGACUCCCGUGUCAGAAUUCUCAGGGUUUACCAGUUUGUUAGCUGAUGUCAGUGAGCCAGUCAGUACAGGAUCAAAAACCCCAACAAGCCAAAGUUUCAGGUAAAAGUUUGACGAGGUGAACAUUUGGGGUGUUAUUUUGUUGUUUUCCAUGUCCACAUAACUCCCAUAAUUUUGUUAUUUUUGUCAAUUUGUUUUAAACACUGCCAUUACAUGAUGAUACGAAACUCUACCAGGUAAGGUCUUCAAGACCUCAAAUGCAAUUUGUUUAAUAUUCUCUUUUUUAAUCUGUAUUUAGUCUCAUUUUAAGUGUAGUUGAGUAUGACCGUAAAAAUAGAUUUAAAUGUAACUUAAAAUUAGGGAUAGUGUUAAACUUUCUAGAUUUUAGUUUCUUUCUGUGAACUUGUUUUACCAAUCAUCAAACUGUUGUAAAAUAAUGAAUGAUGUUGAUAAUUUCUGUAAUAAAGUUUGUGGCAGGGAAAUGCCCAGAAUUCAAAUGGCAAAAAGUAUAUAUUGUCUGUUACAAUAAUAAUUACUCAGGAAAUUGGCAAAAUUGUGUAAUAAGGGGACUUUGUACUAUGAGAUGCAAUUAGCACACUUUUUCGUGUACUUUGAGACUAGAAGCUUUGUUGUUGUUUUUACUCCUCAAAGAACAAAGACGUGUUAGAGAUAUUCCCUGUUCAGUAAUGUUGGCAAUGCUUUUUCUCAACGUGUAGCUGUGUAGAGAUUACGGUACUCCUGUGUAAAUUUUACAAUGUACACACUUGUGAUUUUUGGGAAACUUGGAUAUUUAUACACAACUAUUGAUGCAUAUAGGUCAGGCUUGAACCAAAAGAAUGGGGAUAAACCUGAUUAUCAUUUGGUUUAUAUACAAUGUCCCGUUACAUGAACCCUUAGUAUGCCCACAGCUUACAGAGGGUAUAUCUCAUCAUAGCUGCAGAUUAGCAAAUAAAAUGGACUUCCUCCUUGUAGGCUACUAGUUUGUCGUCCCCCCACAUUCAAUAUUUACUCCACUCCUAGUUCUCUUUUUGUCAAUGGAAUAAAACAAGCACUUUUUCCACAAAUACAAGCAAAAAUAGUUCAAUUAUGAAUGCACCAACAGUGAUUUUUAUGAGGAGCAAACUGUGAACAAGAAUUUGAUAGGGUAAUAUUGGCCAAUACUGUAUCAGUUGUCUUAAACAUGGGAUCGAUAGAUAUGAUACUGGAAAUUUUGAAUUGUAUUAUUAUUUUUUAAUUCAAACUGUUUUUUUUCUGUGUGUGUGUGGGGGGGUGUAUGUUUUUUUGGGGGGGCGUUGAAUGCCACUUUUUUGAUUCUGUAAACAAACCAACUUGUAAUUUAUUAUUUUGUUACUACAGCAGACACCAGAUAUGUUAUGUAUUUACUGGACCUUUAAUUAUUUUGGGCCCACAGAAUCAGGAAUGAUACAGAAAAUAUAUUCCUUGAUACAGACUUGAAGUUAAGUCUAUGUGCAGAAAUGCAGUUCCUGAUAAACUCCCAGGAAAAAAACUAUGGCCUUCUUUGUCUUCCCCAGCUAAAGCUAUUCUAUCCCAGCAGCGAGGGUAGAUAGUUAAGUUCAUUACCAGUGUGCCCUCCAAUUCUCCUGUCUGUGACUACAGCCAAAAUACCUUGGAUCUGCUCAGAUCACAGAGACUGACUGACUGACUGACCACUUCACCCUAAACACACACGAUGCUUUUGAGAGAGAGGGGGAGAGAGAGAGAGAGAUGGAGGGAGGGAAACAAGAUCGGAUUUACCUAAAUAUACCUCAUAUCACUUUGAAGCGUAAAGAAGCAGGGACACACGUUUCAUUUAUGUAGUGGUAAUAUUUGUAGUAUAGGUUAAACAUAUUGUAUAAUCAUGUAACACUGCUUGUGUUUACAAUUAUAGAGAGCAAUUGACUAAUUGAAAUGCAAAUGUAUUGUCUUAUUCAUUAUCUGUAAAGCAUUCACACCAAGCAGUGUUGCAUUCUAGAUGCCUCAUAGAACUUUUGUUUCUCAUGUUAUAUCCCUUAUUUUUGUUACUUGCCAUAAUGUGUUUUGAUAUGAUCUGUAGAAGGAUAUUGUUUACAACAAUGUACAAAAAAACACUAAUGUGUGUUAAAUUGUGUUUCUUCUGAUAUGCAUGAUAUGAAGAUUUUGUAUGGCUUUUUUCUGAUUGUUACUGCAACACCAAAUUUUGUAACAGAUGCCUCCCCACCGUGAUUUGUUUUUGACCCUUGUGAUAAGAUGUCCAGGGCUGUACCUGUUAUUGAAUUUAGAAACCAAUUAGAGAAGCCAAUAAAACAUUUGUUACAAAAUA